GGGUGGCUAGCGUAAUGUCGAUAGAUAGACUUUCAUCUUCAUCUAGGGAAGCCUGGCGAAGAAGCGAGAGAUCGGCCAUGCGCCGUUAGAAAUUCUGUGUCUCGCGAGGAGGCGGCAACAAUAAUAUUGCGCAAAGCAUUCUGCUGACACUUCAAGACCCAGGUCAAGGAGUACACCGACAAAAUAAACAGUGCAAUCUCGAGAAGCAAGACGAUCGAAGACGAAGAUACCGGCAGUCAGGGAGCGGCGGAUUGUGGCUCAGUAUCUAUCCGAAGAAAAGUAGGACCGAGUCUCGACGUAGAGCAGAACAAGAUACCGGAACUGCUGUCUACUCUUCUCAUCGCGUCGCGGCCUUUUUUUCGGCAAGACCAAGAGAUACCCCGCACCACUUCUACAGCGCUACUUACUUCUAGCCUCCUACAACGGAUUCCGCUUCUGUGUCAGAGUACGUGACGUCUUUUCCACACACGUUUUGACCCACGCCUGCGCUCCAGUGGCGUUUUACCCGGUUCGCUUCUCCAUCUCCUGAUCUUCGCCUCGAAGCAUCGAUCCGGCGCACCUGCAUUUUGGCUGCUCCGUCGUGAGUACUAGGGGAAAAUAAAGCAACCACCAUGCCGGAGGACGCGAGUCCACCGGGGUCACCCCUCGCAGGGGUGGUCGACAAGCGAAAACACUUGCAGCACAGCGCGAUUAUGGGCCGACUAGGCACACUGUCCCCAAAGGCCGUUUCACCCAUCAAGAUGCGACCAAAGUCAGCAGGUGAGUAGCCUUCUUACAUCAGCUAAGGUUUGUUAGAAGUGGCUUUGUAAGUAGCUUAAAUCAACUAAUCAGAACAUCAACAUUCAGAUAAUUUACGCACCGUUUUUUAAUUUCGCACAUCCACGCGCCGCAUAGACUGAGAAGCAGAUUUCGAUUUGCAGUUUCGUUCGUUUCUCGGUCUUCUCGAGGAAAAUGUGUCUGACAUUUCGAAAACAAAAAAUAACUAUAACAGGCUCAGUCCAUGGCUCUGAGACGAGUUCACAGCGAAGGGGGAAGCAAAUAAGUGAGAAGAGAUUACAGAAGCUACUCUACCUCAAGCAGCGCGAGGAAAUGAAAGACGCGCUCUUACUACAGGUACGACUUCUUUGUAGAGGUUUCAAAUUCAAAAGCCGCCUACUUCUCAUGGAUGGACGAGCGGAUGCUUUGUCAAAUAUGCCACCCGUCGUGUUUCUCUACGACUCCGAAAAACAAGAAACCAAAACGAAAACAUUAACAUCUAUCUUCAGGUAAAGGAGAAGUACUUCGAAGAGCAUCCGGAGGCGAAGGCUAAGAUGCGGGGAAAGUCAAAAACUCUGGACAGCAUCAUCGAGGGCCAAGUCGCCGAUUUCCAGGAGCAAAACGCGAAGCUAUCGAAAGAAAACUUGGACAGGUUGCUAAAACGGGUGGACAACGAAACAAAAGACGAGGAGGACAAGAGGAGCCACAUGUCAGAGUAUAAUCGCUCCUCGAGUAAAAACUACGUGUUUCUGACCCCUUCUUCAAAUUUGCGUAUUAAAGUACAACUAUUCUUGCGGCUCUUCGAGCAGCGCGAAUUAGUAGUGGAAAAGGAACAAAUUACACUCGACGUGACGCACACCCACUCCCACACGCAGGUACUCGCACCUGUCGCAGCUGUCACACGCAAGUCAAGCCGACAGUGUCCGGGCGCAUAUCGAGCGCCUGGCGGCUGCCAGGGGCGAGGGCAAGGAAGGCGAAGAGGGUGGGGAGGAGAAGACAGGCGAGCGUCCCGCUACUACGAUAGAAGACCUCAUGGGCUUCAACUGGGUGCGCCUCGAUGACUACCAGGAUCGAUUAGCGGCAGACGAAGACGCCGUGAAAAAAGCCAAAGUUGAGGAGACAAAGGUACUCUUUCUCUUGAUGUUUCUUUUCCAGGAGCGGUUUUCUGCUCUUCGCUCCUUCGAUGUAUGGAUGUGUGUUGGAUCGCUAGUACCUUUUAAGUUGAUCGGGAUGAAUCUGAAUUGCUAUUCUUGCAACGUAAACUUCAACUUCUUAUUGCAGGAAAAAUACACGAAAUUUUUGGACAACCAAGUGCAAGUGCGAACGGACAGAAUAUCGAAGGAAAAAUAUGAGGAAAGUCUCUGGAAAUAUGUCAUCGAGGAAGAAAACGAACGGGUGAAGCACGAAGAUGAAGUGAAACAAGCCCACAUUAAAUACCUAGCAGAACGAGAAUCGAAGGAGCGUGACGAGGCAGCUGCGUUGAAACAGGCCAGGAUCGAGGCUGAAAAGGAACAGGUACGAUAAUUUCCACGUCGCAUUGCAUCAGAAGUAUGCGCUUCAGAAAUGGCUUCAGAAAAUAAAGGCAGCUCAGAUAAUGCAUGCUCGUGAGUGCUGUGCAUGUGCUGGUGCUCCGAGUAAUAUGUGCAAGCCGCAAUGUUGAUUUUCACAAUACAGAUCCGCCAGGAAGAUAUCAGAUUGUUGGCCAAGGUGCAGCGCGAGAUUGAAGAAGCACUGAGGAAAGAGGAAAUCGCAAAAGCGGAGAAAAAAGCCGUGUUCAUGAAGGUAUCGACUUCUUCUACACAUAGAAGCGCCAUCGAAUUUUCGUCUUGCAAGGCCUGGCGCUCCCAUCACUGAAAAAAUGCCGUUGCUUCAAUUUGAAAACAAAAAAAAAAACAGGUUAAGAAGGACAUUGACAUAGCAAAGAAGCAUAAAGAAGAGGAGGAGCUAAAGCGCAAGGAGGAGGAGAUGAAACGGGCAAAGGCAUAUAAUAAACUUCUCCUACAGCAAGAGGAAGAGAAAAAGCGCGAACUGGAAAGGAGAAAUGCUAGACAGAAGGUACUAGAGGUUUUUUGAUAAAUCUCGCGUAUCAUGAGAAUGACUUUUCUCCAAUUUCUAUGAGAAAAUGGAGGGGAGAAUGUGGAGAUCCGAAGUAAAUUUGGACACUUUUUCCGGUUUUCCUAUAAUAAGAAUAACCUUCGCCACGUUCACGACCGCAUUACAACUACAGGAACUUAUGGACAAGAUGAAGAGCACUGUGGCGAAGGCUGCGGCAAGCAAGGGCGCCGAGGACGAGCGCCGCGCGAACGCGCAGCGGAAGGAGAAGGAGGAUCUCGCCGAGGAAAACGAGGUCAACAAGGUCGAGAAGCUCCGUAAAAUGCGCGAAGAAACCCGCGAUUACGUCCUCAUGCAGAUGGCAAUAAAGAAUGGGAAGCGCCAGAUGCACAGCGAGGUACGAAGAUUUUCAUUUUUGUAUUGACGCUUUAAUAUGAAUUGCAAAAACUAAUGCUAAAGCACAAAUGACCGUGCAAGAACUUCACUUGCACCAUUCCCUUGUGUAGGCUACGUAGGGAAGAUGACUGAAGAUUUUCGCACGGUUGGAGGUUCUUGUUCUCGUUCAGAAAUAAGUGAAAACCAAACAUCCGCAUCACUCACUCCUACCUGUGUACAACUUCUCUACUAAUCCAGGUCAAAGCAGCUCAAGGUGGCAUUUUGCUUGAGGACGCCGAAUCGUUCUACGCAGACAAGGAAAAGGAAAAGGAGAUCAAGGUCGCGAAGGGUCAGGCCUACGUAAAGGAGUUGCGGGAGCAGAUCAAGGAGCGGGCGGCGCGGAAGGUGUCCAACAUGUCCGCGGAGGAAGUGCGUCUGAACAAAAACUUGAUCGACAAAGUCAUCGACGACGAGAUCAAACGAGGCAUCCUGCAGCCCUGAGAAUCUCGUUCGAGUUGUGCUCGCUAGUAGAACGGAGUAGAACCUUGACCAUCUGAGCACGACGUGCGAGAAGAACCAGUCGGCUGUUGUCUUUGCUUGUGUUAACUGUUGCCGUUCUCAGCGGUAUCCAAAGUCGAAACCGAAAAAAGUAGACAGAACGCUAAAAGCUACUUUUUAUACUCGUGAAUGUUUUAAAGUCAACAACUAAAUCCAAAAAAUAUCAUCUUCAGAAAAAACAACUGUAUGCGACGGAUAGGGGACACACACUCCAUCCGAAAGACCGAGCUUCUUAUCAACCUAGUUCUAGCAGAACCAGACUACAAGGCAUUUUGAUGCUGGAAAACUUUUCGACAAAACGUGUUGUGAAAAUUUGAACUUGAUGUUACAUGCGACCAGCAAGCAAGCCUAUGUGGUUUUGAACACACCAUCCGCGAACCACUCGGAGUUGGAAAGCCUGAAUUGUUUCUGUACAAUGGACGAGGCUGUGUCUGUGUUGAAUUUUAGUCGCAUGUGAUGUUGAACUUGCUUCUAUUUAAACCUGUUUGUUUGGACGAGAACAUCCUGUGAAU